ACGGCGAACAUUCCAAUUGUUAACUGCACGCACAAUAAUACCCUUUGCCCAGAAUUUUCUAGUUACUAUAUGGAAACGAGAUCGCAAGUUUAUUUGUAGAUAACUUAAUACUUUCAUACUGUCGUCUUGUUGAUUAAACUCACGAUGGCAAAGAGUGGGAAGGAAGCUGAGCUCUACUCAUGGCUUGAUCAAAUCCCUUUCUCAAGGCCACGAAAAAACAUUCCUCGAGAUUUUUCAGAUGGAGUGUUGAUGGCAGAGAUGGUGAAAUUUUUCUAUCCCAAAAUGGUUGAACUCCACAAUUACACACCAGCCAAUUGUUUCAUCCAUAAAAUGAACAAUUGGUAUACUCUCAGUCGAAAGGUCCUUUCUAAAUUGGGAAUAAAAAUAAGCAAAGAGCAGAUUGAGCAAAUUGCAUCAGCAACGCCCAAUGGAAUAACAUCUGUACUCUCAGCUCUGCGAGAAAAAGUUGUGACAGCUCAAGAAAAACGUGAAGAGGAAUGCAAACAGCUGCAGCGAAGCAAUCAACCUCAAAAUAUCCUGUGUUUUGUUCAGGACAAGAAACAAGCAGAGGGUGUGUUCGGGAUACCAAUGGCAUGUGAGGCACCUACUGGGCAGCAAUUAAUUGUAUCCAUGGAAAAUAUGGUACCCCAAAGAUUACUUGAUGAGAAGCUGAGUGAAAUAGCUGAGAAAGAUGAUGCAAUUAAUAUCCUUAUGCAGAAAGUGUCUCACUUGGACACACUUCUCCAACUAAAAGACCAAAGGAUUAAGGAUUUAACUCAGCAGUUACAAUAUUUGCAAGAAAGAGGGAAGGAAGGAUUUCACUUAAAUACUUGAAUUAGAUGCUUCAAGUGGAAUUGUGUUGGAAUUACUGUAAAAGAGAAGGACGGUUUGUAGACAAGGAACAUGAAGGUGGAUUUUGUCUUGAAGGGCUCGAU